AUGGCAUCUCUGCUCAGGACAGCUCCACGAGCAUUCCGCUCAGCAAACAUCGCCCCUCGCACAGUUUCUCUGCUCCAAUGCCGUCUCAAGCACGACCUUCACGACCCUCCACAGGGUAACCCGCCGAUUGUUGGUCGUGACCCUCCAGAUCCACCACGAGAGGAGGCCGUUGCGCUCAAGGACAACCUCAAGUCUGGCUCGUACCUUGGUACCACCAAGCGUCUGCCAGAAUUCAACUUGAACGACAAAGUUGUUCUGGUUACUGGUGCAGCAAGAGGUCUUGGUCUCGUGCAAGCGGAGGCUCUUCUGGAAGCUGGUGCCACUGUGUAUGCUCUUGACCGACUUUCUGAGCCAAGUCCUGAUUUCUACCGCGUGCAGAAGAGGGCGGCAGAAGAACUUGGUACUACGCUCCAUUACCGACAAAUCGACGUCCGAGACGUGCCGCAACUCAACGAGGUCAUUCGAAGUAUCUCAGAGCAACAGGGCAAGUUGGAUGGCCUUGUUGCAGCGGCUGGUAUCCAGCAGGAGACCCCGGCGCUGGAGUACACCCAGAAGGAUGCCAACACCAUGUUCGAGGUCAACAUCACAGGUGUCCUGAUGACAGCCCAGGCAGUCGCCAAAGAGAUGAUCAGGCACGGCCGUGGAGGCAGCAUGGCCUUCAUUGCGUCGAUGAGUGGCACUGUUGCCAACAGGGGUCUCAUCUGCCCAGCGUACAACGCCUCCAAGGCUGGUGUUCUCCAGCUCGCCCGCAACCUUGCCUCUGAAUGGGGUCAGCACGGCAUCCGUGUCAACACCAUCUCGCCUGGUUACAUCGUCACCGCCAUGGUCGAGGCUCUCUUCGAGCAAUACCCAGAAAGACGUCGCGAUUGGCCAACCCAGAAUAUGCUCGGAAAGCUCAGCGUUCCGCAAGAGUACAGGGGCGCGGCAGUAUUCUUGAUCUCCGACGCCUCCAGCUUCAUGACGGCGUCCGAUCUUCGAAUCGAUGGUGGCCACAGCGCUUGGUAA